AUGGACCAACUACAUAUUGCAGAGCUUAAUCCCGAGCUACCUGGUAUCGAAACGAAGCACUUCCGAGCUAAAGUCACACUGAUAUGGCCCUACUCGUCCUCAGCACGCCAGUUUGCCCUAUUACUCGUUGAGCCUGACCUCCGCUUACGGCGAAAAAAUGGACAAGUACGAGCCCGGUUUUCGGGGCCGAGUGCAAAGGCGAUUGCGACAACGGGCGUGGGGAUUGGAGAUGAAGUUGUGUUGAGCCUGCAAGGCUCGCAGUUUGUACGGGAAGGCGUAGUCAGUACGCCGGGCAAGAGCAUCGACUGGGAAAUAUCGUAUACGAACACGGUAGUUGCUCAGGUCUGUCGCAAUGGCGUUGAAACGGCAAACCUCGAACUUGUCGACGUUGCGCCUACGCCUGCGCCCGCAUCGCCAGUUCGUCGCGUGUCUUCAGGGGCUCCAGGGCCUGCGCUUCAAUUCGAAUCACCGGCUUUUCUCAAACAUGCACGGCUUUCGGAUGGGCCCUUCUUCGAGGCACCUUACGAUCCCUUGGCCGAAGACGACGAUGAGGGACAUGACAAGAAGCGGCGGAGGAAGUCAUUUAAGAACUGGAAGGCAUGGACAUACAGUGCAAGGACGCCUUCGCCAGAGAAGGAGGACAUGACACUGGACGAGGAGCUUGAUUCUUUCUUGGCAUCGCCUAGCCGGCCAGCACAACUUCCUCGGACGCCUGUAUCGCCCUCCAAGUUUGAGGUGCUCUCGGUUGCAGCCGGUCAUAUAGACACCGAGCAAGAGCAGCGAAAACCGGAGGGAUCUAUAGGAAAUGCCGUCGUUACAGUAGAGGGACAGGAAGGAGAGGAAGCGGCUGCUCCCCCUGAGGCAGAAUUGACACGGACACAGGACGAAGCCACCCGCAACACCGACUACUUGGAACUUUAUGAUGGUCCCGACGAAAACAUGUCGUCGGACGCACAGUAUGCCUUUGGUGGCGACACUGAGGUGGACACUGAAGUCAACACGGAGGAGGAAGACCCAAUACAAAACCAACCUGAAGGAAUCAGCAUGAGCACCACCGACGAGGACACCGAACGCGAUGAAAGUCAGCAUGAGCGAACUGAAGACGUACUGGCUGAUAUUGAGUGGGCAGCCGGCGAAAAUAGGGCCAGAGAUGAUACAGAAGACUUGACGGUCGAAAAUACUGAUUUCGAGAUGGUAGAGGUACAGCAGUCUUCAGUUGCUGCGUCGGGACCCGUUUCAUCGAGUGGCGCCCCGAGGAUUGUUAUGCCACCUCCGACACUACCUAACCUCCAAAUCGAUGUGCCAAUUUUUGUGGCGGUGGGUCCGUUGACCCCGAUCGGCAAGGAGCCUGCGAGUCCAACUCUCAAACCCUUGGCUGAGUCCACCCUCCCACUACCAUCACCAUUUCCUGGCGGGUCAGAUGUUAAUGCCCUCUCAUACUUUGACCGCACCAUUGCCAGCGAACAAUCUGCGCAAGCGGAGACCCAGGUGAAAGAAGAGGAAGACUUGCCAAGUGAAGCAAGCUACAUCGGCGAGACUUCCUUCUUCAGCUCUAUUGGCUCAUCAAGGGCAUCCGUCUUUCACCCAAAUCACGAGUCUGCCUUCACACCCGUGCGGUUCACGUUCGGUAUGGAUGGCGCUUCACUUUCACGUCCCAUCUCUCGCGGCCCGAUGCAACUGUCUUCGCCUGAACCGGAAGCUCAACCAGAGAAAGAGAGGGAUACGGAGCUUUCCACAUCAGCACCGGCUACUGUUACAGAGACCAUUGCCGAAAUUGCUCCAGCAGAAGAGUCAUCUGUGGUAAUCGAGAGGGCACCGAGUGUCGAUGCGACAGACGAUCACGUUGAGCUCGCUGCAGCUGAAUCUCAAACCACUGCAGUUGAGGCCGUUGCAGCUGAAUCUCAAAUCACUGUAGUUGAGACCGUUGAACCAGAAGUCAUCGAACUCUCCUCUGGCUCAGAAGACGAGGAAGAUGCAAGCGAUUCCGAACUCGAUCCUGUGGUAUCGCAGCAAAGUGCCACUGAGCAAGCUGGAGAGGAAUCUGACGCGGCGGAUGAUGUACAAUCCGUUGCUGAAGUUGAGGAGUAUAUCCAAGAGGAGCAAUGCAUUGAAGAGGAUCCAUCUGCGAGUAGACAGCACUCCAUUGUAGACCUGGGGUCCCCACCUGUAGACAGCAAUAGACGCAGUUCUACGACCCAAGAUCAACAGGAGGCGGCUACCUCCCAGGAUCAUGAACAAGACCAGGACACCAUGAAUAUCGACAGUCAUAGUGAGUUUGUAAAUCCGGAUUCUGCCACUGAAGAUUCCAAUGCCUCUGAAGCGCCAAAUGAGCAAGCGGUUACUCACACCUCUUUCCAGGACCCGGAAACUAAUAUUGAUGACGAUACGUUCGAACAUUCGUUCGAGGCGACCGAUGAUUACCUUCAGGAUGCCUUUCCCAUGGAUCAUAUGUCACCAAAACAAGAAGAUCAACAGCCAGCUGGAAUGGAACAUCAUUUGGAAAUCAAAGUGGAGUCCAUAGAAGAGGAUCCUAUAAUGCAACCGGAUGAAUCGAAUUUGCAAAUGGCCCCUGUAGACCGUAGUAAUACACCGACUGCGUCUGCGAGCGAAUUUGGGGAGAUGGAAAUGUCGCCAGUAGCUACGAUACCUACCAGGAACACCAGAUCGAAAGCGAAGAUGUCCGCAUCACCCAUGAAGGCGGAAGCACCUACCCACAAGCGCACUACUCGAUCAACAAGGAGCAAAGCUACGAUGACUUCCCUUGCACGGUCAGCCCUCUCACCUGCCAGGACAAGCACUCGUUCAGCCAUGUCACCUUCUCAAGAUGUUACGCAGACCUCACCGUAUAGCCUUCGCUCCCAUUCAAAUCUCCAGUCACCGGUAAACACUCUGUCGUUCGCUGACAUCACCACUUCUCAUAAAAGCCCACGGAAGCAAAGUUCACGAAUGAGUUUUGGUGCAAUGUCGGAUGCUGGUCCGUCUCAGAUCGAAGAACGUGAUCGAUUCAUUUCCAGUUAUCAACCAUCACAGGAGCUGGGGGCAUCACAAGGAAGAUUUUCCCAAGUGACCUAUGUGAAAGACUCGGAGGAGGAGGGGAGUGUUAGGACUGAGCAGUCUAUAUCCACUGUCAUUCCUUCUGAUGAUAUGGAUGGCAUUGGGGCGCACGGAGACAACACAGCUGCAGAGCAGUCACUAAGGCCGUUGCCAAGGUCGAGGAGAAGAGGAGAGAGCAAUGAUGUUCAAGAGAUGGCUAAGGUCAGGAGCAGUAGUCCUGCGGAGUCUAAUCUCUCCUUCAACACACAGUCUCUUGCCAGUAGUCCAGCUAGGCGACUUCGGUCUGCUGGAUCGACUGCAGCGACACCCAGCCCUCGUAACGUUCGUAUGACGAGGAGACAGGCCUAUGAAGCAUCAUCCGAGAUUCCAGAAGACGUUUCCGACCAAGGAACACUCAAGACAAGCCAGAGGUUACACAAGCACGUGUCGUCCGGAAAAGGUGGCGGCAGCAAACGCUCGUCGCAACUAGAGGUUGACGACCUUGCGCGCCAUUCACCACGCGCAGACAACGGCUUCACCCACAGUCAGAGGCCAGCCAGUCGCAGGAACAAAAUUAGCACACCACGGGAAACGCAGCGAACGACUACGGGCUCCCAGCUCAGCUCCAUCAGUGCGCCGCAGGAUCAAGACACCAUGCUGACGCCUCAAUUCACUCAAGCCACUUCCGCAGGUCUCCAUUCCCUCCAAAGCGACACCGAGACCAAGGAAGUAACAUCUCGCUCCGCAUCCCCCACCCUCAUCGACGCCUCUUCGCCUCCCCCUUCCACAGAGACACAGCCUUCAAUUGGCCUCUCUACACCCCUCGCCUACUACACACCCCUAAAAGACCUCGUCUACUUCCUCAACCGCUCUUCCCAAUUCCACUCGGCCGCCAAUCCCGACGUCCUCGCCCUCGUAACCUCACCCAGCACCGCGCCCGAGAAGGCGAAAAAAGGCCCAAAACACUGGACUACCACCUUUCACAUCACGGACGCUAGUACCUGGGCUGACACCGGUACAACAACAACUGUACAAUGUUUCCGCGCAUAUGAAACGGCGCUGCCUGAGGUGCAGGUCGGUGACGUGGUACUCCUGCGAGCUUUUGCAGUCAAGAGCUUAAACAGACAGCCCAUGCUGUGCAGCGCGAAUGAGAGCGCGUGGUGUGUAUGGCGCUGGGGCAAGCCCGUGUGGGGUGCUAAGCGGGGUGCAUUUGGCGAGUUGAGGGCGAGAGAAGAGGUCAAGGGGCCGAGUGUGGAGCGUGGGGAGGGCGAGUGGCGCGAGGUGGAGAAAUUGAGGAUGUGGUUUUUGGACAAGGUGCAGCAGGAUUUGAGGGAGAAGGAGGAGAGUGGACGGAAGACUAGGAGUAGAGAUAAGGUGGCUGGGAAGACGGAGGCUUGA